GCUUGUAGAUCUGAAGCAGGAAUCCAGCGGCAUGCUGGAAGGGGAAGGCUAGGCGCGCCCAGGCCGGGCUGCUUUCUGUGCGGCUGCAAGAGGAAGGGGAGACGCGCCCCGGCUGCUUUCGGGUUGAGGGCUGCUCGGGCGAUGGGGCUGCCUGUGUUUCUCGGCUGCAGUUGCAUCGCGUUUGGCCCGGCGUUCGCGUUGUUCAUCCUGACGGUAGCGGCCGAUCCGUUGAGAGUCAUCAUCCUCGUUGCAGGGUCGUUCUUCUGGCUGGUGUCUGUGCUGCUGGGUUCUCUUGUAUGGUUUGUGGGGGUGCAGCUCAGUGAUCAGGGUAACCCCAGUCUCCAGUCCGGGCUGCUUGUUUUUGGGGUGGCCCUGUCGGUGCUGCUGCAGGAGGCCUUCCGAUUCGCCAACUACAAGCUGCUCAAGAAGGCUGAUCGAGGGCUAGCGUCUCUCAGUGAGAAUGGCAGGUCUCCCAUCUCUCUCCAGCAGAUGGCGUACGUGUCGGGGCUGGCGUUUGGGGUGAUCAGCGGCGCGUUCUCGGGGGUCAACGUCCUGACGGACUCGCUGGGUCCCGGGAUCGUGGGGAUACACGGAGACUCGCCCCACUUCUUCAUCACCUCCGCUUUCCUCACGAUGGCGCUGGUGCUCCUGCACACAUUCUGGGGGGUGAUUUUUUUCGACGCCUGCGAGCGGGGGAAGUGGCUGGCUGGUAUCGCAGUGGUGGUCUCCCAUCUCGUCACCUCCGGACUGACCUUCCUGUGCCCCUGGUAUGAGACGAGUCUCGUCCCGAUCUACCUCCUCACUGCGGCCAUGGCAGCGUGGGCAUUCAGCACGGCGGGGGGGUCCGUCAGCACCCUGCAGCGCUGCUUUACAUGUGAGUGCCCUGACAUGGGCCAGGGGUACAGGGGUGAGGUGUUCCUGCUCUCCUCUCCGGACAGGCUCAGCAAAGCCAGGCAAACAGAAAAUUGACGAUCGCGUGGUGGUCUAUUCAGCUCUCCAGGCUCCCUCGGAGGACUAAGGAAGUGCCUGUCCCGUUCAAAAAGGCAAUUGAGACGGGUAGCACUGCAGAGAGGACAAGGCCACCAACAAAACAGGGCUGUGAAUCAGACUGGAUGACACUGCUGUGCAAUAGGAGUCUGAUUCCCAGCCCUGUAAAAUGGACUUAGUGGAACCAGCGCAGCUAUUCCUGAUUUGGCCAGCAGAGGGAGCUGUGCUGCACAUCAAUGGACAGAGGUGAGGUGCCGGUACACAGAAGAAAAAAAUAACUUCAGAGCGAGAGAGAGAUCGUAUAUUUUGUUUAAUUGUAUUUCUUGUUUUCAAGCGUUGAUUUUUAGUUUGGGGGGGUGGAGGGGAAGAAAAAUUUCCAGAGGUGUUCACCGCGAUGGUUUCACAUCCUAAAGAAUAAAGUUUCGAGUCGGGAGACGUGGUUCGAGAGAAACCCGGAACGUUUUCGGUUUGGUAUUUUUUUGGGGGGAGGGAUGGACCAGAUUUGAGUGAGGCGCUGUGGAACCUCUGGGUGUGAACGUUCUGUUCUGAAGUCAUCAUGACAUCAUCCUCCUCUGUUUGGAAGGACCCCUGUAAUAUUAUUAUUAUUUAUUAUUUUGCUGCGUUUUGGGUUCUGUUGACUCAGUCUUGGAUCAAAGAAUGUUUGCAAACGCUGUGGAAUAGUAAAGAACAAGGAUUUAAUGUAACAUUUUUGAUUCUUUUGAAGAGAAUCGGUAUUAUUUUUUUCUUUAAAAAAAAAAAAAAAAAAAAGACAAACCAACCCUGUACAAAUCUCCCUUUGAUAAAUCUGGCCUGAUGCCUUUCAAAGAGGAAGCAAGAACAAACUACCCGUGAUCACGAAGCUGCAGGGAGCCUGCGUCUCCGCUCUCCGCGCAGGACAGGGUGGCUUUGUGAAUACAACUAAACGGAUGUACGUUUAGUAAAUCAUGUAAAAAAAUAAAUAAAUAAAUACAUGGGUGCUGUUAAAGGCUUUUGUGUGUGUGUUUGUUUUACUAGAAGGUGUUUGUUUUUAUUUCUCUCUGUGCUGGUUGAUUUUUUUUCUGGGUUCUCUGUUGAAGUUUGCCCGCUCACAGUGUUUUCAUGCGCGGUUGCAAUGCAGUAAGCGUGGAAACCCGUUCGCGUGAUACAAACCUUAACCAAACCUGUGCUUGAGUGUAUCGUGCCACGCCGUUUCCACACCAAGUCCUCUGCGCUGCGCAGAAUUACACUGCGGGAUGCCUUGAGCACGCGUGCGUUUACGAAGUCACUCCUCGCUGAACACACAGUAAUCAGAGACGCUGUGUCCAGGGUUAGCCAGCUCUGUAUUUCAUUGUGUGUUUCUCUCAAAGCCAAGAGCGCUCUGUCUUUCUCUCCUGACACUGAACAAUGUAUUCCAAAACUGGACCUUAUCAAAAAAUAAAUACGUGGAUCGGUGUUUAUAAUUUAA